AUGAAGAUUGGCUUCAUCGGGCUCGGUGUCAUGGGGACCCCCAUGGCCCUGAACCUCUCCCGGAGAUUUCCUCUGACUGUUUGGAAUCGGACUGCAUCCAAAUAUCCUCCUUUUCGCCAGGCCGGGGCCAUGGUGGCCGAGACUCCGCAAGAGCUUGCUGAAAGCAGCGAAGUUAUCUUCACAAUGCUAUUCAACGACACUUCCUUUGAGUCCAUUCUCACUUCUUCCUUCAAAAAUGCGCUGCGCGGGAAGAUCCUGGUCAAUACCAGCUCGGUCUCAGUCGAAUACAGCCGUUACCUGGCCGAGGAGGCCCAGAAAUCCGGCGCCCGUUUCAUUGAGAUGCCCGUGAGUGGCAGCAAGGUCCCAGCUGAACAGGGCCAACUGGUCGGUAUGGUUGCCGGAGAUGAGGUUGUUGCCAACCAGGUUAAAUCCAUAGUCCAGCCGGCUAUGGUUAAGGAAGCAAUCUACUGCGGUUCUAUUGGCAGCGGACUAAAGACGAAGUAUGCCGUCAAUCUGUAUCUCAUCACGAUGAGCGCUGGGUUAGCGGAGUCGAUGGCGCUUGCAAGGGCACAGGGCCUCAAUAUCAAGGCAUUCGGUCAAGUGCUUGAUGCUGGACCUAUGGCUUCAGCAUAUUCCAAGCUCAAAAUCGCCAAAAUGAUAAGCCGGGAUUAUUCCCCACAGGCCGCUGUUAAGGACUGCUAUAACCUUACCCAACUCAUCACAUCGGCUGCUCAGGAUGUUGACGCUGAGACACCGUUGAUACAGCUGAGUGCUUCGCUGUAUCAUAAGGCUCUCACGCAGCAGCUGGGGGAUCUAGACAUGAUCGCGCUGGAGAAAAUACUUGGCAAUUCUAUGGCUGAAGAGCCAGGAAUGCGAGCUUAG